GUCAUAGUGAGCGCAGUGAGGGAGAGGGCACUUUUGACAGGUCGAUUUGUGUGUAAACGUUUUUCCACCGAAGCGCACCGGAACUGAAAUAAUUGUGUAUACAUUUUGUUAAUAAAUUAUACAAAUAAAUUGUGUGAAUUUGUUAAAUAAAAAAAAUCCCAUAAAAUUCGCACGCGUCCGUUCGUUCACGAUCAUAGCGUAGACGUAAACUUCGCGUCUCAAAAAUCGUUUAACCUAUUUUGUGGUUUUAAUUCACGCCGCAUUUUUAAUUAGUAAAAAAAAUGACAACUUACAACGUGAUCACGACCGAUUUCGUGAAUCUGUCGAUCACGAACUCGGCUCGGGAAUCGUGUUACGUCGAGCGUCGAUUUCAAAAAAGCAUCACUAUUGACGAAUUCAAGGGCAAAUUGGAACUUCUCACGGGUGGCAAUUCGGCCACAAUGACGGUCGAGGUCUAUGAUAAAAACGACAAGCUCGUUUGCAAGCUGACGGAAGGACAGCGUCUCUUGGGAUCAUAUCCAAUCGACGACGGCAUGAGGAUACACGUCAUUGACAACUUCUCGUGCACCGCGGAGGACAUAAAUGUGAAAAAGUUUGAAAUAUCCGAGGAAGAAUAUGCUAAGAAAACAGAUACUGUUAAGGCAUUUUUGGAAAAGAACAAGUUAGGCAAAUACAAUGAGGAAGAAAUGAGGAGAAGAGCGGAGGAAAAGAAACGAGAGGAAGAGACGGAGGAAGAGAUGGCCAGAUUGUGCAAGGUCGGAGAUCGCUGCGAAGUGUCCGUUCCGAAUCAACCGAAGCGAAGAGCCACUAUUUUGUAUAUCGGUAAAACCGAGUUUAAAGAAGGCUGCUGGAUCGGUGUCAAGUACGACGAACCUCUCGGCAAGAAUGACGGCAGUGUUGGUGGCAAAAGAUACUUCGAAUGCGCACCGAAGUACGGCGGAUUCGUGAAACCGACGCACGUGAAGGUUGGAGAUUUCCCCGAAGAAAACUUCGACUUAAACGAAGAACUGUAA